GUCAACCAGCCAGAAGACGCCAUGUUGUAAGAAACGUUGGUGGUAAGUGUUUACAAUUGUAUAAAUAUCAUUGUGCCUAAAAAUCGUAACUAAUUCGUUUUAUAAUUUUUACUGAUUUUAUUAAUCAAAUGGUAUGAGUCUUCAACUGACAUUCUGUGCGGACAACCUAAAAGAAGAGAUGUCAUAAUGAUCCGGACUAAAUAGAGCCCGUUCCUAUCAGUAUUUGAUUGCGACCAAUCGGGACAACGGAAGCUUGUAUUCUCCGAGUGCUCUUAUCUGUUGUCUCUUAAUCGACCCAGUUACCCCUGUUAGAGUUCCAGAAAGGAAAAUAAGCAGUUCAUUUUUAAAAUGAAACCUGUAUUUAUUUAUUUAAUGACACCGUUUUAUUUAAUUAUAAAAAAUACAAAUUAAUGAAAGAUGUUUGGGGUUGACCUUGCCCUUGAUGGUCGCCAUUUAUUUUCGGUGACUCCGUACUAGGGAAUAGCUUCCACUUUCGUUUUCAACCAAAGUUCUUCCUGUCUCACCAUUUUCGUUUUUCUUAAAUUAUUUUAAAAAGCUCCACACACUCUCAUCCCAUAAAUUAUUUAAAUAAAAGAAGUAGAAGGUGUUACAAGACUGCGAUCUCUCAAAAAUCAAAUUAAUAAUAGCAUAAGCUUGAUUUAAAGUAAAGACAAAAAUCAAUUCAAUAAAUAAAUAAAGAUCCCAUAUUAAAUUAUAUAAAUUAAAUAAAUAUAAUUAAUAAUAAAAUAUAGAGUAGACAUACUUACUAUGACUAUGACUAUGAUUGAUACUAUCAUAUAGUACAUAUAUUUUAUAUCAUAUAGCAUGGCAUAUGCCUAACGGACUUAAACUUGCCUUAGUCUUAGGCUUAGUCACUCGGACUUUCCCCAAUUACCUUAAUUAAAAUUAUUAUCUGUAAAGGAAGUGUUGAGUGUAGCUUUAAAUUGAAAAUAAUAAAAAAUGAGUAUUGGUAACUGUAGUCAGCAUUAUAAGUGGGCCUAUAAGAAUUAUUAGUGCAUAUUGAUAGUUUUGUUAGAAUUAACUUAAGUAACAUCUUGAAGUGACCAACUAAAACUCACAAAUCCAUAAGCACAUUGAAAUGUGUAGUCUAUUUCUAGCUUUCUCGAAAAGUUUCUCUUGGUUCGGUAUUUUUCCUAAAUCAUGUUAUAUCUAUUUUCUUUAAACGAUACCGGAACAGUAAACUUAAUUUGUAAAAAUGUUUGAUACAUUGACACAUUGAAAUGGAGAAAUACCAAGAUCUUAACUUGAAUUAAGUCAGCAGAUGAUGUCAAUAUUUCUUUUACAAAGGUGCUUACACAUUGCUUAAUUAAUUUUUACCAUUAUCAGAAUUUAUCAAGGUACUGUUUGAAGCAUUUUAGCCAUCCUUAUGUAACGCAGUGUAAGAUUAACUUAUAGGCAAAUGAAGCAUGUGACUAUAUGCUCUGCUCAUUUAAGACAAGAGGCCAUGCAACAAGGAUUCCAACGGGGGGGGGGGGGGGUGAUUGGAUUUAAUUUGAUAUUGAAUGUACUAGUAAUAAUGUACUGUUUAGUACUGACAGGGAUCUCAAGCAACUCCGCGAAAAAAAAAUCAUUAAAAUUUCGGGGAGAGAAAAGAAAAAAGUAAGUAACAACAACGCAAGUUGAAUAAUCAUCAAAGGGGGAUUUUGAAAGCUGGGAUGAAUAGAAUAAAAAGUACAAUGUCAGUUAACUAGGCCAGUGCAACAAAAAGUAUUUUACAUUUCCCAGCCCUGAUAUUUAAAAAUAUGUGCACGGGGAGAGGGGGGGGGGGCAAUGCAGUACCUUCAUUACAUGCUGUCCAGGGACAAUGGCCACAAGUAUGCCCCACGUCACAACACAUCCAUUUCUAUAAAGGUAGACCUAUAUAUAAACCACAACCAUCACACCCACAAAGUACCCCCCAGGGUGAGACAAAAAGAAUAAAAAGUACAAUGUCAGUUAACUAGGCCAGUGCAACAAAAAGUAUUUUACAUUUCCCAGCCCUGAUAUUUAAAAAUAUGUGCACGGGGAGAGGGGGGGGGGCAAUGCAGUACCUUCAUUACAUGCUGUCCAGGGACAAUGGCCACAAGUAUGCCCCACGUCACAACACAUCCAUUUCUAUAAUGGUAGACCUAUAUAUAAACCACAACCAUCACACCCACAAAGUACCCCUCAGGGUGAGACAAAAUUUAGACUUCCUUAACGCCUCCACAGGUCUUAAUCCAUAAUGCAACACUGGAGGAAUGGGUGCUUCAGUUUAAUAAUUAUAUUAGGGUGUAUGGUCUGAAAAAUAUAGUGAAUCGUAGAUUUAAUUCAUUUUUUAAAGUUAAUCUAAAUAGUGGUUUUGACCUGCAUUCCAUAUUUUAGCUUUAUUACUCUUACAUAAUUAACACUGCGUCAUAAUUUAUAUUUUUAAAAGUUGUUUUUUUUUACAUAAAGCAAUGCAAAUGUAUAAUUACCUGGUCUUAAUUUCUUUUCAGACAAACAACAAUUAAUCUUAUUGUGGAAAGUUAAACAUUGUAGCUAUGGACAGUUCACCCAUAGAGGACCAGGUUUCAUCUGAACAACUUGAUGACAGUAAAUAUGCUUCCUAUUUUUUUUUUUCAGUAUACUUUAAAGUAUCAUUGCUUAAAGUUAUCAAAGAAAAGUUUAAUUUAAAUUUAUGUAUCAAUUUUAAAUGUGUUCAUUUUAUGUUGUUUAAAUCAUAAAUAGGAAGUGCUUAAAGUGUCAAGGAUAUACCUGUGAUGCAGCAGGUUCUAAAAAAAAUCAAUCUUAAAUUGCUUUCUUACUGUGCAGAUGCCACUGUAGAAUGCUCCAUACCAAGUGAUUGUGACCUUGGUAAUCAAGUGUUUACACUUGUCAGUAGCAAUGGAAGUCAGUUUGUGGUCAUGUCAUCUGGUGCAGAUACUCUCAACCUGGCAAGCUCAGGACUCAUACAGACUGGAGGCCAGUCUGUGGCAGUGAACAUUGAUGAUGCCACACGUUAUCUUCUGCAAAAUCAGGGAAUGACUGGUGUGAUGCUACAAGAUGAGACAUAUCAAAUUUUGGAACAGCCAUUAGUGCAGGUAUAUUUUAGAAUUCAUCACUUAUUUCAUUGGUCCAAUGAUUGAAAUACCACAUUUCAAAUUGAUAUUCAUUAAAUAAGGUGAGAAUAUGUUUUCAGAAAUUGUUAAAGUAAAGUUCACAUUUGCUCAAGGGUUUAAUUUAUUUCAGCUUUUAUUGUAUUUAUUUUUCUAAUGAACAAAGUAAAUAUCCUAGGAUGUUAAAGACUAUUUAAGAUAAUCUAACAGAAAUUAUCAUGGAGCUUUUCAAACUCAAUACCUAAACUAACAGGGUAUUAAAAUAUGAAUAAACAGGUAGAAAGAGAAGAUGGCACAUUAGAGGCCCAAACACUUCAUAUUGAGGUUUUACGAGCCUUACAAGAUAAUCUAGCUCAGCAGCUCCCAUCUCUUGACUCGUGUUAUACAAUCGAAGGAAUGGACAGCUUGGAUGAGACAUCAUCAUCAUCAAUUAAAGUUGAAGCUCCCCUGGACUCAAAUGCUGAUGAGUCAGUAAAUGAAGACUCUGUUGACCACACAGAUCUAACCAGUAAUAAAACUGCUAUUUCUCUCAUGGCUGGUCACUCAUUAGAUGAUUCUGACUCAGCUAGUGGCUCUGACAUCAAGAAGAAAAAGCAUUCACAAAAGGAGGUAAAUAGUUUCCUAUUGAUAUCAUAAGGUUCCUCAAAAGACUAGGCUGGCUUUUUAACUUUUUGUUACUGAUUUGUUCUGUAUUCUUCAGUUCUAUAUUUGGCAAUGUUAUAUUUUGGUAAAAUUUCAUCUAGAAAAAAGGAAUAAAGUUAAAUUUUGUGUUUGAAUUAAGAAUACUUCAUUCCUUUACAUAAGCUUCUCUUUUUUUCUUAUGCAGUGUAAGGGCCAGUUAGUCUUGACAUUUCAAAUGUUUUCCUGUUGCUUUGAUUUUUUUCUAGAUAUAUAAAAUAACCAUUAAAAGUCCUUUUAUAUAUGAGCUAUGUUGCAUGUUAACAGGAAUGAUAAUAAUUAAAAUAAUCUUUAAAAAAUAUGUAAAUAUUAAGUUGUGAUAGUUGCAAAAGACUUAUUCAAUGACUUCAUUGAAACUCACUUCCAUAUUUUUUUAGUGAGUGUUAAAAUUUCAGUGAGACACAUAAGUUAACUUUUCUGUUUUAAUUAAAUAUCUAGGCUAAAAAGCUAACUGCGAAAAAAGAACCAUCCAAACAGCCAGAUUUGAACAGUCCUAUCCCUCUCUCAGAUCAAACAAUAAUCAUGGUUAAAGGGAAGAAAUGUGUCCUGGCUUUUAACCAGGAAACCCAGCAAGUUUGCGCUUACCCUUUAAAGCCACCUCCAGGUAAUUCAUGCAAGUGUUCAAGAAGUUCUUACUUAACCACAAAUACUUUAUUUAAAACAAAGGAAAUGGACGGAUGAAUUUCCUCAAGCUUCUUUAUAGUAAGUGUAUAACUUAAAUAAAGAUGUGAUAUCUAAUGGUGAAAAAAAUGUGCCAUAUAGUGCAAGAAAGUUUUAGUUAUACUCACAUCACAUUCAGUUUUAUGAGGCAUGGUAUAAAUGUUAGACUUCAAUGAUUUGGCCAGUUUGAAGGAAGUUUAGUUACAUUUCAGUUUCAACAAAAUAAUAGUAACUCCAUAGCCUCCUGACUAUCAUAAUCCAUUCAGUGAUGUCCUGUUAAAGUUAGCAGAUUUGACUCUUACAUUAGGUGCAAAGCGUAGAGGGCGGCCCAGGUUGACGGAGGAAGAAAAGGCAGAAAGAAAAAAACAACUGCAAACUACUGGGGGAGACGAGACGAUUGCAGAAGUUACCUCCCCUACAGAAAAAAGUAACGCUGCUGAAACACUGUUGGAACUCUCUAAUGUUGGUGAGUAGAAGUUAGUUGUUAUAAUAUCAAAAUAUUUCUACUAAAUGCUUUAUUUCUCAUGAAUAGCUAUUAACCAUGUCCUUCUCUGUGUGUUAUUUGUUUAGUUUUCUUUGCUUAAUAAAAUAAUAAAAAGGCUCAAGUUAUAAGAUUAAUUAAAGAAUGUCAAUCUGUUCUAAUUAUGUUCUUAACGCUAUUAUAAUUCAGUCUUGGCUUUAAAAAAGAAUGUUGGUUUAUUAUGAACAUUUGAAUGAUCAAAUUUAUUUUUUUUAGGCUCUGAUGGUGUGAGAAGAAGUGCAAGAAAAAGAAAAAAAGCAAAGUUGUUUGAUGGUAAUUGAUAAAUAAAGUAUUCGGAAACUUAAAAUAAAAUUGUUCAAACAUGUAUCUAAUUAGAGCCCUAAAAAUAAAUAUUGCUUGUUUUAGGAAUAUUAUAAUUAAUCAAUGGUUUGACAUUUACACCAAAUAAAUGAUUGGAUGAUAAGGUUGUCAGUGACCUUUUCUCAUCAUCCAAAAAUUUAUCUUGAGGAUACUCUAAAUGACAAAAUUGGUUUAUUUAAAUUAUUUAUAAAGUAUGUGAUUAAAUGUUUUCUUCAUCUCCAAUGUAGAAUAUGAAGAACUGGAGGAUUCUGAUGAUGACACUGAGCCACCAUUUAUAGACAGUCAAGAUAAAGAUCCAGACAUCAGCCUCAAUCUUUCAGAAACAAAAAGGAAAAAGAUAGUUGUGAAACAAGAGAUUCAACUUUCACCUUCCACGAUAAUGUUAUCUGACCCAACACAACGUAAGCAAUUUACCAAAAUAAAUUAUAGCAUUUUUGUUUUUGUAAAAUAUUAUUCCAUUUUUUUAAUAAUCACAGAUUUGUUUUUAAAGAAAGAAAAUAAUUGAUAAAUCAAUGUCAUUCUGAAUUUUGUAUGAGUCUAAAAGUAACAAGAUUUUCAUUUGCAAUAUAAAAAAACAUGUACCAUUUUCAAGAUACCAUCACAAUCAUCUAAAAAGAGUAUUUUGUUUAGUUAAUCUGAUUUUUUUAAAAAUGUUUUUUGCCUUUAUUUUUUUGACUAUGAUAAAUCAAGAGUAAACACACACAUUAAUUAUAAUGCCAUAUUAAAAGUAUAAUCAGUUACACAUCUUAUAUUUUUAGCAAAAAAACGAGGUAGAGGGCGGCCACGUCGAUAUCCACCCCCUGGUCAGCAACAAACUCAUACCUCCAUACCAGCUGUGAUGAUUCCAUCUGCAAAUGGACAAACUUUAGUCAUGGCCCCAAUACAGGUGUGUGAUUUCUGAUGGAUCUAUAUCGUACAAUGAAUUGAGGCUAAAAUUCUGCCUCAAUCAUCUUAUGUUUCUUCUCAUACUUUUCAAAAGAAACUAAUUGCAAACUCUUUUCAUAAUCCAACUUUUUACUCAAAAAUAUUUUUAUUUUUUUUUCCUCAAUUUUCUUUCAAAGACAUAUUGAAGAACUAACAUAAUUAGUAAACACAAGACCACUUUCUGUUUUCUUCUUUUCUUCCUCUUCCAUACAUAUUAAUAUAAUCACUGGAACUUAUUCGAAUAGGUCAUAGAUUGAUGAUAUAAUUCUAACCCCUGUUUUUCAGGGGCUGCAAAAUCUUCAGAAUUUCCGCAGACAGCUGCCCAAUCUUAUUCCCAAACCUCCCUCUGAUGUAAAUUCCUCUAUGGCUCAUGAAGUGACAGAUCCAGCUACAUUGUCACUUGGCAGUGACACUGACACAUUGCCUUUAGAUACUUCAGGAGGUAAUAAGUGUGUUAUAGUUUCAGGACAAUUGUUCGUUUUUUUUAUUCAUUUUUAUUUCAGCCAGGAUUUCAUCCCUGUUACAGGAAACAAAAAUUCAAUAGAGCUCGGUGCUCUUUUUCAACAAAUAUCAUCCAGAAUAUCAAGCAGAAUCGGCCAUAGGGCUUAAUUUAAUGUAUUUAUUUGUUUUUAUUCCCAUUUCAGCCCUUGAUAGUAAUAGUAUUAUACCCAAGGCACUUCAAGGGGACACAAUUCCAUUAGGAGAUGGUGAAACACCUGAUCAAGGGGAUACCCUGGACCAACAGAGUGUGUACAGCAUAGUAUAUAAAUUAUAAGACUCAAGCUAUUUUCUGUUUACUUACUUACAAAGCCCACUCUGUAAAUGUUAAUAAAUUCAUCUGGUUUUAGAUAAAUCAAUUCAAAAAUCAGUGUAAUGGUCCUCAUUGUAACAUUUUUUUAAAAAUGUCUAUGCUUAAUUGAUCCAGCUUCAAGCAUGUUGACUUUUAUGACACCAACAAGCUCCAUGUCAGAUAAGUCUAAAGAUGGCCAGAUGUCUGAGGGUGUGAUAAACUCCAACCAGGCAACAGUCAUUCAGAUUCCAAACAACUUGCUGGCUUCUCUGGGCUUUAAGAAAGAUCCAAUUAAGAUUGGUAAGUAGUUAUUAGUUUGGUAAGUAGUAAUUAGUUCUAAUUGUGUUGAAAAUAUAACGAUGAAAGAUUCUGAUAGGCAGAAAAGACAUUACAAUAAAAUAAGUUGGGUGGAUGCAAGUUUCAUGAAUACAAAACUUGUGUGCUACAGUUAGAGUUUUGUCAUUCUCAGCUUAUAUAGUAUAUUGGCAUCCUUGCGUCUUCACGAGGCGAUGGUGUAGCUUAAAUAUUAUUGCUCAGCUUAUAGCACGAAUUGUAAAAAACUUGACUAAGUGGAAAUAAAACAUUUUUAAUUUAUUUCAAAGAAUGAAAUCUUUUCACGUGUUUAUCCAAAAUAAUCAUGAUACAUAUUUAAAGGACUGAAGGCAACAGAGCGGGAACUUGAAAAACUGAAGUGCCCAAAAUGUGAUUUCCAAGGCUACUACAUGCAGCAAUAUCGUACACACAUUGCCACCCAUGGAGAUGAUCUACAGAAAUGCAAAUGUUGCAGUUAUCUUUCAUUGGAUAGUGAAGAUUUAUUGGAACAUUUUAAGGUGAUUCUCUUCAAGUUGAUGCGCACCUGUAAUAUUAUCCUAAUUGCUGUAAAAAUAUUUCAAAAAUGGCCUAUAACAAAAACUGGUUUAUUAUUCUCCUGACCUUUGUAUACUGGUAUUUUCUUAAGACUAAUAAUGCAUCUAUGACGUAAAAGUAGCUCCUUGUAAGGGAGCCAUGGUACAUUUAGAUGAUGGGAUAUUUUAAUGCUGCUUUAUGUUGCAGGAAUAUCAUCCCCGCUGUAUAUGCCAAGAAUGUGAUUAUAUGGCAGAACAUGCUUACAUCAUUAAACGUCACAUGAUGCGCCAUGAUACCAAAAGUUGUACAUGUACAGCAUGCGGGAAGGUGUACAAGGUAUCACAUAUUUGGUGUUAAAUAAUGAUACAUUUAGAUAAUUACUAGCUGGGGCACAUGUAAAAUAUGGGAAUAGGUUAUGUAAUCUUUAUUAAAAACUGCAGAUGGCGCUCCGUAUAUCCACCAAUAUUUAGUUGUAUUGGCUCUAUAUAGAGUGAGUAGUGAUGGGUAUUGUUGCCGUUUUCUUUGGGUAUUGACUGUUAGUGGUGCCAUUUCAGUAGUGUAUUUACAUGUACUGACACCAUGUUAGUUUUAAAGCUGGCAUAUUUGGAAUCAGUAAAAGGCUCCCUGAUUCAACAGUACACCAGUGUGAACACAGCAAGGUGGAUAUCAAAUAUAUUCUUUUAUAAAUAUAUGGUGGCACACCACAGGGGAAGCAGCAAAUGAUAGCGCAGCAUGGUGCGCAAUGAGAGUUGUGAGGAUAAGAUCCACUCUGGAAUUAUUAUUAUAAAUAUUACACUGUAGAUUGAUUUAGUUCUUUGGGAAGAAAAUCUAUUAAAGUUAGCUUUCAGAACCAUAACUUUUCUAUCAUAUUUACAAAUAUGCUUUACAGGUGCAGACAAAAACUACUGGAAACACACUCAUAAUUCUUAUUCCCCACCUUUUUUAAAUCUUAUAUUUUAUUUCAGAAUUUUUCUUUUAAAUGAAGCAACAGUGUGUUAAUUAUUUCUUUACCUAUCCUUAAUAUAUUAAAUCAAAAAAAAAUUUGUUAUAUUUUUCAUUCUAGGAUAUGUACAUUCUGAAAAUGCACAUAAAAAUGGUGCACAUGCCAGCUGAAGUUUUGUUUGAGUGUACAGUUUGUUCUAAAAAGUUUACACGCAAAGCACAUCUUAAAAGACAUUUGCGCAUACAUGAACCAGAGAAACCAUACAAGUGUACAGUUUGUGAUUACAGGUUUGGAAUCUGCUUUUCUCUUCUUAUCGCAUAGUUUAUAAUGAACUUGUUUGCUUAAUACAAGUUUUAUAAUUUUGUUUGAAGCCUUAAAAUAACCUUUUUAAACAAAAUGAAGCUGCUUCACAGUGUCUUCCUUGCUUCUGCAACAUUUAUUAGUUUUCACUUUUAACAAACAUUGCCAAAAAUUGUUCCGUUUUUAUUAUUUAUUUUUUUUCUCAGAGGCUGUGAAAGAUCUGAUAUAUCUAAACACAUGUUAAUACAUCAGGAUCCGAAGCAUGCUUGUGAACGCUGUGGAAAAACAUUUAGACAUAUUAAGAACAAAGAGCUUCACGUGAAAAGGUAUUUUAUCAUCCUGGCCGAUUCAAAUGACUUUUGCUGGUCAUUCAUGAUUAAGAAUUCUUUGAAUUAAUUUUGGAUUUCAUUUCAUUGCUACCUUAAGAAUGAGGCUGCAACUUGAGCUUAAAAUAAUCUUUUCCACCAGACUUCUUGGAUCUAAUCUUCAAAUUAUCUAUUAAUUAAAAAUAACUAUGGAAAUGGGUUACUGAAUUAUUUUACACAGAUCUCAUUAGGACCACAGAUAGACCCAACUGUACCAUUGUAUCUUACUUACAUUUUUAUAUAUUCCUCAAGUAGAUUGGAAAUCAUAGGAGCUUUUAUCAAUUAUGUAUGGUAAAUAAUUUUUAAUCUAUUUUCAUUUCCAUUUUAUAAUGCACCUUUUGUCAAAUUAAAUAUAUAGCUUAAGGUGUGCUUGAAUUAUUUGUUUUCAUGACAGACAUUUUGGCCAGAGAGAUUACAAGUGUGGUGUGUGUGACUUUUUUGGCUACACUUUCACUGAUAUAAGGAAGCACAUAGAACGAAAGCAUCAGGAUAUCAAAACUUUGAUCUGUGAUAAGUGCAACAAACCUUUGAAAAAUGAACUUGCUCUUAGGGUAAGGGGUCAUUUCAGUUUCAACCAAUUAUUUUACUUUAUAAAGUAAUAUUUUUAUUUUAUUCAAAUACCACUUUAUACACUGGUGUGUUGCAGAUAGUUCAUUUUGGGUGUUUAACAUGAUUUAGAUAUCAAGGAGUUUAAAAAUAUUUUUGGCGGCUUGUAAAACGAUACCAAUAACGUAUUCAAACAUAAAAUUUAACAAUGAUAAAAUAAUAAAAUUGAUGCUCAGUGAAAAAGCUGGGUUGUUGUUAAAAUAAGCUUUAAAUUUUAAAUUAAAUCUUAAAUAAAUAUUUAAUUUCAAAGUAGUUAUCUGUUGGAAAAAUGCCAGUAACUUUAAAUGAACUCUUAGCUUUUCCAUGAGGGCAACAUAAAAACAAUUAGGAAUUGCAACUUAUAACUGAGUAGUUGACAUGGAGAUAAAAUGAUUUUAAUUUGCCCAGGAACAUCAACAAACGUGUAAUGUCAUGAUGAUUGAGCAAGUCCUGGCCAUACCUACGUCAGCAGGUGGCACGAGUCAGGCUACCAUCCAAAUACCGUCCAAUCUUAGUCCUGAUGGCCAGCUCAUUCUGGAUGGGCAGACCAUAACAAUGGAUGGACAGACCAUCUCAGUCAAGAAGAAUGGAGUCAUCAUGGUUUCAGGGGGUGAGUCAAUAUAUAGGACUAAGAUCAAGUUAAUGCUGGGAUGUUCAUGAUAUUAAUCACCAGUGAUGCCAGGAGGAAUGUUGAGGAUAACUAAGUACACAUUGAAGAAUUUUCAUGAAUAUUGAUUUUUUUUUUAAAAUUAGGGUUAAAUUGAUUUAUUGAAAAUUUUACAUUUGCUCUGUCAUUGGUGUAUAAAGCAGUUAAUAUAGGUGAUUUGCACUUUGGUUUGCAUCAUUUGAUGUCACUUUCAAGCCAUUUUUACAAUAUACUAAAUGGCAGAUAAUGAUAUGAAUUAAAUAGUUCAAAUUAGCAUUUUCUAAGCAAAAUGGUCUUUAGUGAAAUCAUCAAAAAUAGCAUACAUUUUGAAAGAAAUAAAAUUCUUUGCCUUUAAGUUUCAGAGCAACAGCUGAUCCUGGCUGAUGGAACAACAGAAGAGGAGGAAGAAGAGAUGGAUGAUGAAGAGGGGGGAAUAAAUAGAGCCAUGCAGAUCAUCAGUGAAACCAUUAUGACAGAAUCAGGGGAAGAGAUGCACAUCAUAUCGCAAGAACAGUUGGGGGACCCAGGCUCCAUGGACGCUAGUGUCACCCUCACCGAGGGCCUACAAACAACACACAUAAUAGAUCAAAAUGGUCAGAUUUUGAGGACCUCUGAUGGCAUUCAUUUGCUUAAUCAAAAUGGGCAGUAUUUUUACAAAACAGAACAAAGUGAAGAGCAAUCUGGUCAUUUAAUGGAUGAAAGUAAACCAUUGGUUGAUGAAAGUGGCAAGAUGGUUGAACAAAAUGGUGAUAUUGAGGAUGAAGUGAUGACUCACCAAUUCAUAAAUCAGUCUGGGGAGUCAGGACAUGAAUUAGAGACCUCAGAAGAAAUGGAAGGGAAUAUUGAUCAUUUACAAGUCAGCAAGGAGGAUUCCAACAGUGCAACUUUCCCUCGGGAACAAACAGUUCAUACAACAGACCAAAAUGCAGACUCAUAGCAGGAUAAUAUUAAUGGGUAGUUUUUCUUCUUUUUUUAAAAAAAGAAGGUCAUUGUAAAAACAGAUUCAUAACAAGUUAAAUUUUUAUAUUUAGUUACUGGAAAAGUAUUUUUGCUUUUUGAUCCCAGUGAUAAUGGAGCUGUUUCAUUGAUCUAGAAAUUCCAAAGCAGUUUUUUCCCAAAACUUUUAUUUUUAUGGAAGCUCUCCGCAUUGACUGCUAGUAACCAAAGAUGCAUGUUGUACAUCCUUUGUAACUCAUUAUAGUUUUUUUAUAUGGCUGCUUAAGUAAAUGUCUAAGACUGAUGGUUAUUUAUCGAUAAAUGGUAGUAAAUAAGUCUAAAGUUAUGACACAAUUUUAUCUAUUUGACACUUAACUUUGUUAAAUGUUAGUUAAAUAUUAUAUAAUUAUAUUUCUUGUUAUAAGAUUUUAUAGCAAAGAAAUGAACAUUAGUACGGCAUCAACUCAUCAACCUAUUUUAAAGUUUAAAUGAUAUAACUAUACCAGUACAACUUAUUGGAAGAACUAUUUGGCACUGCUGAAAAUGUUCUUAAGGCAUAAACAGUUUAGUUGUACAUGAAGCACAGUUUCUGGCUAUCAUGCUUACCUCCCGGUAUUUGCUGUAAAUAUUGAUUAAUUUAUUGAUAUAUGCAUACUGAAAUAGUUGUUGUAUUUUCAUUUGAUAAGAAGUGUAUUUUCUUUUGAUCUUACUGUAAACUGUCACUUGUGGACAUCUCAGAAGCCCAAUAUCAGAUUUGAAGGAGUAUUUUGUUAAGUGAUCUAUUUUCUAACUCAUUUUACUCUGUGUCAGAUGAACUAAGAUUGAAUGUAUUAGUAUUGGCUUAGAGAUGCAAUCGGGUCAGUGUUACAACCUGU